UCAGUCAAGCAAUUCUCGCCGGGCGGCGUCUUUCUCCGGCCGAAACCCUUUUCUCCGACGCCGAAAUCUCUCCCCUCUUUACCCUCCCUCCGGCGGCUGACAGUCUCCGUCCAAAAGCCGUUGCAUGUGUCGACGAUCACGACAACAUCCUCGUUAUCUCCGAAGCCUACGAAGAGAAGCCUGAUCGAAUGCGGGGCGUACGAGGCCGACAGAUCGAAGCCUAUCGAGGAAAUCGCGGCUCCCGAGGCGGCGGCGCGAUCGGAGGCGGCGAAGAAGGUGAAGAUCGGAGUCUACUUCGCGAUGUGGUGGUCCCUUAACGUUGUGUUCAAUAUCUACAACAAGAAGGUUUUGAACGCUUACCCUUACCCAUGGCUGACCUCGACUCUCUCGCUCGCCUGUGGGUCCCUCAUCAUGCUCAUCUCGUGGGCGACCAGGAUCGCCGAGGUGCCGAAAACUGAUCUCGAGUUUUGGAAGGCUCUGUUCCCUGUGGCUGUGGCACAUACAAUUGGGCAUGUGGCUGCCACUGUGAGUAUGUCAAAGGUUGCAGUGUCGUUCACUCACAUUAUCAAGAGUGGAGAGCCUGCUUUUAGUGUUUUGGUUUCCAGGUUCUUGCUCGGUGAUACCUUCCCGCCCGGGGUUUACUUGUCACUCAUUCCGAUCAUCGGCGGUUGCUCUCUCGCUGCCUUGACCGAGCUCAACUUCAACAUGAUUGGGUUUAUGGGUGCCAUGAUAUCAAACUUGGCAUUCGUCUUCAGGAACAUAUUCUCAAAGAAGGGUAUGAAGGGGAAGUCUGUCAGUGGAAUGAACUACUAUGCCUGUCUAUCUAUUUUGUCACUCAUAAUACUCACGCCCUUCGCCAUUGCGGUUGAGGGACCACAAGCGUGGGCUGCUGGAUGGGAAAAGGCCAUUUCUCAAAUUGGACCACAGUUGCUUUGGUGGAUGGCGGCACAAAGUGUGUUCUAUCACCUCUACAACCAGGUUUCAUACAUGUCUCUGGAUGAGAUCUCUCCAUUGACAUUCAGCAUUGGUAACACCAUGAAACGUAUAUCCGUCAUCGUCUCCUCCAUCAUCAUCUUCCACACGCCAGUCCAGCCCAUCAACGCUCUGGGAGCCGCCAUUGCAAUCCUCGGUACCUUCUUAUAUUCCCAGGCAAAGCAGUAGAAAGCUGAGACUGGGGAAUAUAUAUAUAUACAUAUAUAUUUUCUUCAUCUGUAUGAUAAGCCAUGGAAGUUAUUACUGCUGAGCCAGAAGCAGUUGGUAGAGUUCAGUUUGCUUUUGGAAUCCACAAUUGCUGGAUUUUUGGUUGGAUGAACCAAGAGUCUUGAGUACUUGUAGAUAACUACAAUAAUAAUGAGAAGUGGGAACAACAUUUCUGUUAUUAUACAAGCAAUAUUAGGCAGUUCUUUUUUUUUUUCUUUUUCUCUUUUUAUUUUAUUUUAUUUUUUAUCAAAAUAAGGGGAAGGAUAAUGUCUGUGACCUUAUCUGUUUUGAGAAGGCAUAAAAAUAGCAAUGUGGGAUCUUCUGGUUUUA